GGGAGAUGAGGUCAGCAAAAUCCCAAAAGAAAAGUUAGAUUUUGUCACUACACGUCGUUGACAAAAUCCGCCGGAGCAAGUGGAUAAACUCGCCGACGACUAAAGUUCACGGCAGCUAAUCCCUCCGGCACUUUUAAAUGAUGGUAGAGAGAGAGGAGAGGGUUGGUUUCAGGCAUCUCUCGAAUAAGGUGAGAGAGAGUACUUGGCAGUAAUGGAGAAAGGAGCAAGAGAAUUUAAAACCCAUAACCUCUCUCUCUUCUACCUCUGUCAAACGCCAUUAAAAACCCAUCAGUAUCAGUUACGCAAUUUCUCUUGAGAGACAGGUAAGGAGAGAGAGAGAGAGAGAGAGAGAGAGAGAGAGAGAGAUUUUGGAAUCUGUAAUGAAUGUCAAAGGAGUGAAAGGUGGGAGAGAUGAAAGCACUAAUGGCGGCUUAUGAUAGGCUCGAGAUGUAAGGCCGAGAGAUCAAUUACUCUCUCUCUCUCUCUCUCUCUCUCUCUUCACUUGCUUCUGUAGAGCGAGAAGAGACAUAAUUACGGCUUCGAAAUUGAUUUGAAUUUUGGGGGUUUUAUUGGGUACUGCGUUAGAGAAAACCUGGAAAUUAUCGUCUACCAAAUCCAGCCUUUUCUCCUCCCUCCCAAUAUCUUUUUCUCAGAUUCUCUACCGUUUCAUUUCUUCUCUUCUUUUUAUCCUCCUCUCUCUCUCUCUCUCUCACACACACACACACACACACACACUCACACAAAGUUAUGCUCUUAGAGAUCUUUUGAUUUCUUUUUUGUUGCGGUUCAAAGUUGGUAGCUUUUUCCUCUGGGUUGUGUUAAUGGCGACUGUUGUUGUGUGAUGGUCCAGACUCCAGAGUUAGCAAGUUUACUGAUUUCGUUAAAAGAGUAGCAGGAAAAGACUUUUGUUACUGUUUCUUCGUCCGCAUAUUACUUACUUUGAAUAAAAGAUGGAGUUUCUCGGCGACAGCCAAAACCACGACAGCUCUGAAACGGACAAGAAGAAGAAGAAGAAGCGAUUUCACCGCCACACACCUCACCAGAUCCAACGCCUCGAAUCAACUUUCAAUGAGUGUCAACAUCCUGAUGAGAAACAGAGGUUGCAACUUAGCAGAGAACUGGGUUUAGCUCCAAGACAGAUCAAGUUUUGGUUUCAGAACAGAAGAACACAAAAGAAGGCACAACACGAGAGAGCUGAUAAUUGUGCACUCAAGGAAGAGAAUGAUAAGAUUCGUUGCGAAAACAUUGCCAUUAGAGAAGCUAUCAAACACGCCAUUUGCCCCAACUGUGGUGAAACUCCUGUUAAUGAAGACUCUUACUUUGAUGAACAGAAGCUUCGGAUCGAAAAUGCACACCUAAGAGAAGAGCUUGAAAGGGUUUCAAGCAUUACAGCUAAAUUCAUGGGGAGACCUCUUUCUCAUCUCCCACCAUUACUAAAUCCGAUGCACAUCCCGCCACUAGAGUUAUUCCACAGUGGUCCUUCGCUUGAUUUUGAUCUUCUUCCAGGAAGUUGUUCUUCAAUGGCUGUUCCUAACUUACCACCUCAAUCAAACCUGUCUUUAUCAGACAUGGAUAAGUCUCUCAUGACCAACAUUGCAGUGACCGCUAUGGAAGAAUUGCUUAGGCUUGCACAAACAAAUGAGCCUCUGUGGAUCAAAACCGAUGGAUGCAGAGACGUUCUCAAUCUCGAUAGCUAUGAGAAUAUAUUCCCAAGAUCAAGUAGCCGUGGAGGAAAGAACCAUAACCUUCGAAAGGAAGCAUCUAGAUCUUCUGGCGUUGUUUUCACUAAUGCUGUGACACUUGUGGACAUGCUCAUGGACUCUGUCAAAUCUGCAGAGCUUUUUCCCUCAAUUGUUGCAUCAUCCAAAACCCUUGCAGUGAUUUCAUCCGGAUUCCGCGGAAGCCGUGGAGAUGCAUUGCAUUUGAUGCUUGAAGAGCUUCAAGUGCUUUCACCAUUGGUACCGACACGUGAGUUCUGCGUGCUAAGAUACUGUCAGCAAAUCGAACAUGGAACAUGGGCAAUUGUAAAUGUCUCCUAUGAGUUACCUCAGUUUAUAUCUCAUUCUCGGUCAUAUCGAUUUCCUUCUGGUUGCUUGAUUCAAGAAAUGUCCAAUGGCUAUUCCAAGGUCACUUGGGUUGAACAUGUUGAUAUCGAGGAGCAAGAACCGGUUCAUGAGAUGUUUAAAGACAAUGUCCGUGAUGGAUUAGCUUUUGGAGCUGAACGUUGGAUCGCUACUCUCCAAAGAAUGUGCGAGAGGUUCGCGACUCUACUGGAACCCGCAACAUCAUCCCGUGAUCUCAAAGGAGUGGUUCCAUCGCCGGAAGGGAAGAGAAGUAUAAUGAGACUUGCUCAAAGAAUGGUAAGCAACUUCUGCUUGAGCGUUGGCACAUCGAACAACACUCGAUCAACGGUUGUUUCGGGAUUGGACGAAUUCGGAACCCGCGUGACCUCGUAUAAGAGCCAGCAUGAACCAAAUGGGAUGGUUCUAUGUGCAGCCACCAGUUUCUGGCUCCCAGUUUCUCCACAGAACGUCUUCAAUUUCCUCAAAGAUGAAAGAACUCGGCCACAGUGGGACGUUCUUUCGAAUGGAAACUCGGUUCAAGAAGUUGCUCAUAUCGGAAACGGUUCACACACUGGAAACUGCGUUUCAGUUCUUCGCGGAUUUGAUGAAUCUUCAUCACAAAACAACAUGCUGAUUCUACAAGAAAGCUGCGUAGACUCAUCAGGCUCGCUUGUUGUGUACACUCCAGUGGAUCUACCAGCACUGAACAUGGCAAUGAGCGGUCAAGACACAUCUUAUAUUCCCAUUUUACCCUCUGGGUUCGCCGUGUUACCAGACGGGACCAGGAAUAAGCAAACCACAGAGCAAAAAGUUGAAGGAGGAGGAGGUUCAUUGAUAACGGUUGGGUUUCAGAUAAUGGUGAGUAGUUUGCAGUCAGCGAAAUUGAAUAUGGAGUCGAUGGAAACAGUUAAUAAUCUCAUCAGCACCACUGUCCACCAAAUUAAAACCACUUUGAACUGUCCUUCAACUGCUUGAGGACGCCAUUAAAAGCUCAUUUCCCCAUCUGAUUUCUGAGGAGCUCUUCAAUGAUCAGACAAGUGAAAAGUUAUUAAGUAGUACUUCUUUUUGCCUUCAAUGCCUGCAAAGAAUCAUUAUUCUUCUAGGUUUCUGUCUCCUCUAUUCGCUUUCUUGUUCUUCUUUUUUUUCAAGUUGGUUUUUUUUUUUUUUUUUUCAAGAGGAAACAUUUUGUGGGAGUCAAGAACGCACCAUGCACAAAUGCUCUUCAUGUAUGGUUCGGGCAUUGACUUCUGUUUUGUUUCUUUGUUUGUUUAUUUUGUCUAAUUACAAUUGUUUAAGUUACUUCUUUCUUGGCUAAAUUUCUUCAAUAUUUCGUCUAUCC